ACCAAUUGCACAACGACCGGAUGGAGGAGUCCAGAUAACACAACCAAGACAAGUCUCUGUGUCUAGGGAAGUUUGAGGUUCAGCUCCUUUUACUUCAGGAGAGCCUGAACUUAAGUACAGGAGCCCUGGUGGCCAAGUGGUUAAAAGCUACGGGGAGCUAAUACUGCUAACCAAAGGUCAGCACUUCAAAUCCGCCAGCGGCUCCUUGGAACCACUAUUGGGCAGUUCUACUCUGUCCUAUAGGGUUGCCAUGAGUCAGAAUCGAUUCGACGGCAACAGCAAUUAAUGCAAUUUUAGAAGCAUGGCCUGAAUGAUUCAGUGACUAUCAAGUUAAACUGAAAACGGUGAAAGGUUGCUAUUAUUAUCAAAUAGAAAAAUCUGAAGACAUAAAAGCUACCCACAAGGAACAUGUCAUCUAGCGUCUUCACUUUUUGAUCUCCACAGAAGACAAUGAGAAGUCACACUGUCACAAUGAUGACAACUUCAGUCAGCGGCUGGCCUUUCUCCUCCCAUGGAACAUACUUUAUCACUAAUCACAGUGACCAAUCACCACAGAACUUCUCAAAAAUAUCAAAUGUUACUACUGCCUGCUCCAUGGAUGAAAACUUACUGUCUAAUGUGUUAACAACAUUCUACUCUGUUAUCUUCAUUGUGGGACUGGUUGGGAACAUAAUUGCCCUCUAUGUAUUUCUGGGUAUCCACCGCAAAAGAAAUUCUAUUCAAAUUUACCUACUUAAUGUCGCCAUUGCAGACCUCCUGCUCAUCUUCUGCCUCCCUUUCCGAAUAAUGUAUCACAUUAACCAAAACAAGUGGACACUGGGUGUGAUUUUUUGCAAGGUUGUGGGAACACUAUUUUAUAUGAACAUGUACAUUAGCAUUAUUUUGCUGGGAUUCAUCAGUUUGGAUCGCUACAUAAAAAUUAAUCGGUCUAUACAACAACGGAAGGUAAUAACAACCAAACAAAGUAUUUAUGUUUGCUGUACAGUAUGGACAAUUGCUCUAGCUGCAUUUCUAACUAUGAUUAUUUUAACAUUGAAGAAAGAAGGGCAUAAUUCCACAAUGUGUUUCCAUUACAGAGAUAAGCAUAAUGCGAAAGGAGAAGCAAUUUUUAACUUCAUUCUCGUGGUAAUGUUCUGGCUAAUUUUCCUACUAAUAAUUCUUUCAUAUAUUAAAAUAGGUAAGAAUCUAUUAAGGAUUUCUAAAAGGAGGUCGAAAUUUCCUAAUUCUGGUAAAUAUGCUACUACAGCCCGGAAUUCCUUUAUUGUACUUAUCAUUUUUACUAUAUGUUUUGUUCCCUAUCAUACCUUUCGAUUCAUCUACAUUUCUUCACAGCUAAAUAAGUCAUCUUGCUCCUGGAAGGAAAUCGUUCAUAAAACCAAUGAGAUCAUGCUGGUUCUCUCAUCUUUCAAUAGCUGUUUAGACCCAGUCAUGUAUUUCCUAAUGUCCAGCAACAUUCGCAAAAUAAUGUGCCAACUUCUUUCGAGAAGAUUUCAAGGGGAAGCAAGCAGGAGUGAAAGCACUUCAGAAUAUAAACCAGGAUACUCCCUGCAUGAAGUAUCUGCUGCAGUUAAAGUUUAGUCUACUUAAAGCACAUGAGGUAAACAUAUUAAAAAGAAUGACAAAACAUAGACUCUUAUUUCCUUGAAGAACUAAAAAUUGUAAAACAAAGCUCUAGCAAUUUACAAAACUCCAAUCUUCUCAAAGCUCUUUUCUUAUUUGCCGUAUUUCAUUUGCUUAACUGUAAAAUAUUUCAAGGGAAAGAAAAGCUUACAUUUAUCACUAGAUUUUAAAUAUGCACGAAAAAUCUUUUAAAACUAAAUUGUUAGCCUAACACGCUUAACAUAGAUCACGAAGUUAGGUGAAAUUCAAUGGCUUUAACAACAAAAUAAUUAAGCACAAUGUCAUAGUUUCUCAAGUCACUAAAGCAGUUAUUAAAAUCAAGCACCUGGUACUAGUACUAAUUUAAAGUAUGUUUAAAGUAAGCUGAAUGAUUUGGGAAUCAACUUAAAAUGUCAGAAAUAUAUGUUCAUCUGUCAUUUAAAAAGCUUGUAGAAUUUGUCAAUGUAUUCAUUUAUGCCUAAACUUUUAUAUCAGAUAAAAUUUUAAUGAAUAAAAUCCUAAUAAAAACAA